ACAUCCAAAAAGAGUCUACUCUCCAUUUAGUGCUUCGUCUCAGAGGUGAUAUGCAUAUUUUUGUGAAGACCCUCACUGGAAAGACCAUUACUUUGGAGGUUGAGAGCUCAGACACUAUCGAUAAUGUUAAAGCUAAGAUCCAGGACAAGGAAGGAAUCCCACCAGACCAGCAAAGGCUUAUCUUUGCCGGUAAGCAGCUUGAAGAUGGACGUACCCUUGCUGAUUACAACAUCCAAAAGGAGUCUACCCUCCAUCUUGUGCUUCGUCUCCGUGGUGGGAUGCAGAUCUUUCUGAAGACCCUCACCGGGAAAACUAUUACUCUGGAGGUUGAGAGCUCAGACACAAUCGAUAAUGUCAAGGCUAAGAUUCAAGACAAGGAGGGGAUCCCGCCAGACCAACAGAGACUCAUCUUUGCUGGUAAACAGCUCGAGGAUGGACGGACUUUGGCACUUGUGUGGUGAUGUUUGCAAAAGAAGAAGACUUUUCUCUAUCGUGUUCAUGUUUCAUUUUCUGUUUUCUUUAUGUGCUCUUUGUUGUGAACCUUUCGGUCUGACCUUUAUGUUUCAAAUUUUAAUAAUAAUCCAAAUGCAUG